UUAUCCUAUUCCUUUGGAAUCUGGCGUGUGGCAGGCACCCCUUGGGGCACUGCCAGCCAACCCACUGUUGUGCCCCUCAGGCCCAUUUCUGCCUCUAAUCUGCCCCAAAGACAUUUCAACUUCAGAAAUUCUUUUAAAGUCAGCCAUUUUCCCAAUUCCUUUGGAAUCUGGGUGGCAGCAGGCACCCAUUGGGGCACUACCACCUGAAACACUCUUCUGUCCCUAAAGCCCCCUUUAUGCCCCCAAUCCACCCCAAAUAACUUCAACAUCACACAUCAACAACAGCAGAGCUUUGGAAAAAAUCAGGCAGAUUUCCAAAGGUCAUGCACAUCCACAUCCUCCCCCUCACUGCCCAAGAUGCAAUUGAUCUACACACAACAGAGUAAAACAACAUCAAUGAAAUGCACACCGCCCCAUUGGCCAAUGAGGGUAAAAUUUACCAUUAAAUUUGCUUAAAAGGAACAAGGAGGCAAUUGCCAGCAGAGCAGCCCAUGCUUUCACUGGCCAAUCUGCGGGCUGGAAGGGCUGGAAAUUCAAAGAGAUGUCAAAACUCAAAAUGGAGACUGAAGGAGAAAGACUGUCUGCGAUUGCAAAAUGGAGUUCCAAAGCAGCCGAAACAACAAAGCGUUUUGUAUCCGAAACAAGGACAUUUUGUUUUGUCUACAAAAUUUUCUGGUUUGAGCAUCGGGUGUUUUGUUUUGGCUACAAAACAGCCUAAAUGGCCUGUUUUGUUCACAAAACUGUUUUGUAUCCGAAACGAAAUGCACAUCCCUAGCUGCUAGUAGCCUAGUGCUAGGUAUUCAUUACUUAGCAAAUACAAAUGUAGACCAUCUAACCCCAAAGGCUCCUAAGGAAACAAAUUCAUCUUCUACAGAAAAGAAGCAGAUUGUGUGGCUUGUGCGGAAGAUAGCAAUGGUAAACCCCUCCUGUAUUUACCCAAAGACAACCACAGGGCUCUGUGGGCACCAGGAGCUGACACCGAUCGAGGGCACACUCUACCUUUACCCUCAGAAUUACAUGAAUGAAAAAUACUCAAAUCAGACAGAAUGAGAGAUUAUAGCACAGUACAUCAGCAAACAUUACCCAUCAGAAGAGCUUCCCAUUGUAUUGAAAUGUGAAUGGGGCUGAAAAAGAUGAAGAGCCUCAACACAGCAGCCUGGACCCCUGUCAUUUAUCCUGGGGCUGACUGUAGUCCGCAGCUCGGUUUUUGAGGGGACCAUGGAGGACCAAAACCCCACAGGCCCCCCAAGAGGGGAAAGGUCAGAAAAAAGAGGUGAUGGCCCUCAUGACUUUCAUGGGACUGCACUCUGCAAUGAUCCUGAAGCACUCUUGCCUACUUCUAAGCAAGACCCCAGAGCCCAGCCAUCAACAAAAGAGAAGGUUUUGAGGUACCUUAAUAGGCUUCUCAGAACAGAGAGAAGAUAUAGAUGCUCAGUGUGUGACAAAACCUUCAGGAGGUGCCCACAGCUUACUAGACAUCUAAGAACCCACACAGGAGAGAAACUCUAUAGGUGUUCUGUGUGUGGAAAGGCCUUCAGGCGGCAUCUAAAGCUUACUAUACACAAAAGAACCCAUAAAGGAGUGAAACCAUAUAAAUGCUUGGAGUGUGGAAAGAGAUUUCCUGAUAUCGAAAACCUUAUUGCCCAUUCAGAAACCCACACAGGGGAGAAGCCAUAUACAUGUUCACAGUGUGGAAAAAGCUUUACUUGGAAACAUCACCUUACUGGUCAUCAAAGAACCCACACAGGGGAGAAGCCAUAUUCAUGCUUGGAGUGUGGAAAAAGCUUUGCUCGGAAACAUCACCUUACUGGUCAUCAAAGAACCCACACAGGGGAGAAACCAUAUUCAUGCGCACAGUGUGGAAAAGAUUUUGCGUAUAAAAUUGAUCUUACUAGACACCAAAGUAUCCACACAGGAGAAAAGCCCUACACAUGUGUGCAGUGUGGAAAAAGCUUUGCUCAGAAAAUGAAUCUUAUUAUACAUGAACAAACCCACACAGGGGAAAAACCAUAUUCAUGCUCGCAGUGUGGGAAAAGCUUCACUCAGAAAAGUAAUCUUACUACACAUGAAAGAACCCACACAGGGGAGAAACCAAAUUCAUGCUCGCAGUUUGGAAAAAGCUUUGUUCAGAAAUCUGAUCUUACUAAACAUGGAAGAACCCACACAAGGGAGAAAUUGUCCUGCCCACUGUGCGGAAAAAGCUUCACUUGGAAACCGCAGUUUACUAGACAUCAAAGAACUCAUGAAGUGAAGACACCAUAGACAUGCUUGGAGGGUGGAGAGAGUUUCUAUCAUUAAUCAACCCUUCAUGCACAUGAAAGAAGUCACAGAAGGGAGAGAUUGUACAAAUGCCUGCAUUCUAGUGAGAGCUUUGAUGAUGAAUCAAGUCUAAACGAACAUGAGAAAAUACACAAAGAAGAGCAAACAUAACUACUUGGAGUUUGGAAAGAGCUUCUGUCACAACACAUGCUACUUUUUGCUUCAAGAAGUCAGCACAGGCAAAAUUCCAGUAUUUUUGUCACCAUGUAAUUAUGAACUUCAGUGUUCUACACUUCUGAGCCGUGGGAGCUUCAUGGUCUCGAGCACAUUUAAGGGGCUGCUCAAUGAGGAACUCCAUGGUGGUUUUAAUUGUGGUUUUUUAAAAAUUGUAUAUUGAACUGGGUUCAAUGUUUUUAAAUGCUUUGAUUUAAAAAGGAAGAUAAAUGUGAUGUUUUUACAUUGAUGGCAUUGCAAGCUGGCAUUGCAGCUAUCAUCUUUUGAGGCAUCCGAGCAUUCAGCUGCAGUGGAAGAGAAACAUUUGCUGCUUCUUAGCUGUUUUUUAAUCUCAGUAUUGGAAUGUUUUUACUGUGCUUUCUAAUAAAGUUACAUUAUUUUA